AUCAGCUAGUAAACACCGACUACUGCUAAAGCCGAACACGCUCAGCAUAUUAUUACUUUUUUUCUUAUUUAAUAUAAAAAUAUAAAAUUAUAGUAAAAUUAAAUUGUCUAUAAUUUCGUUAAUAACUAUCAGAAUAAACUAACCUAACCUAUUAACUCAUUUAGUGACUAGUGACUACAUUGUGUGUAUCCAUAUACUAUGCCUGCUACAUCCUAAAUCGUACAAUUUUCAAGAUGUUUUGCUUUCAUAAAAAAUUGUUAAUACAAACAAUUGUUCGUCAAUAUAGUUCGUCAAAAAAAAAUGCAAAGCCUAUACGAAAUUAUUUAAAACAAAACUCUAAAUUUUUGGAUUCAUUAAGAAUACAUGUGAAAGCUGGUACUGGUGGUUUUGGUUUUCCUCGGUAUGGUGGCGAAGGUGGUAAAGGAGGUGAUGUCUGUUUUGUAGCAACAGAAGGUAUGACACUGAAAGAUUUUUUGAAAAAAUAUCCACUUAAAAAAAUACAAGCAGAAACGGGUGGUGAUAGUCAUUCUAGACGUAUACUUGGUCAAAGCGGUGAAGACAAAAAAGUAAAUGUACCUACUGGUAUCACUGUUUAUGAUGAUAAAAAUGUGUUAAUUGGUGAGUUAAACGAGCCAGAUUCUGAAUUAAUAGUUGGCAAAGGUGGAGAUGGAGGCAACAAAACAAAUGGAUAUUGUGGUUUAAAAGGGGAAAGCAAAUCUAUUAAACUUGAACUUAAAUUAAUUGCUGAUAUUGGUCUUGUUGGUUUUCCAAAUGCUGGAAAAUCUACACUACUAAAAGCUAUUUCUAAUGCCAAACCAAAAAUUGCUUCUUACCCAUUUACAACUAUAAGACCUAAUAUUGGUGUCAUGACUUAUGAAGACUUGCGACAAAUAUCAAUGGCAGACUUACCAGGACUUAUAGAAGGAGCUCAUUGUAAUAUUGGAAUGGGGCAUAGAUUUCUUAGACAUGUAGAAAGGACAAAAUUACUUCUCCUUGUUGUUGAUAUAAAUGGGUUUCAAUUAAAUCCCAAACACAAGUUUCGAUCAUGUUUGGAUACAGUAGUUUUACUAAAUAAAGAACUUGAGUUGUAUAAAGAAGAACUUCUAGAUAAGCCUGCUAUGUUAGUAAUUAACAAAAUGGACACUGAAGGUGCCAAAGAGAAAUAUUUAGAGAUUAAAAAUCAAUUAGAAAAUUUAGAUGAUGCUAUUUUGUCAUAUCCUGAUGAAAUAAAACCAUCUAAAGCUAUUAAAUUUGAUAAAAUUUUAAAAAUAUCAGCUAAAGAUCAACCAGAUGAUGUGCAACGAGUAAAAUUAACAGUUCGUGAACUUUUGGAUGUCAAUGAAGAAUUAAACAAUAAUAAAGAGUAUAAAUCUUUAAAAAGUAUCAAAGAACAAUUAAGAGAAUAUGGUCCUGUCCUAAUAUAAAUUAAUUUACAUUCUUUAUUAAUUAUUUUUGAUACUAGAAUAUGUUUUGUUAUUAUUAUUUUAAUUUACUUUUUUUUUUUAUUCUUGAUUAAGACUGUUGAUUUAAAUAAUUAAAUAUUUUAUUCAAUUUUUUAAUUCAAAAUAUUGUUUGAAACAUAUAUGAUGUAUGGCAUUUCUUCCUGUGUUUUAAUCAUUUUGAAAAUUGAAUUUAUACAUAGACAAAAUUCAAUCAUUGCUCUUAAAAAACAAGAUUCAAAUUUUAUAAAAAAAAAACACCAAGCUUUUAGAAAAUAAAAGUAAAUAAUUGUUUUUUAAUAA